AUAUCUUCGUCGACUUUCUGCGUCAUGGAAUCUGCAAGGUCACCGACAUCCUCAUAAUAUCAUAAUACUACUGUAGUCGUAUUUCAAGCCGUUUCGCGCGCGUCUACUACGUCAAGAUCCACUCACACAUCAAGGCUCAAAUCCGCAAACAUGUCAUACGGAAGAUACAAAGGCCCGUACAACGAAAAGAACCCGAUCCCCGAUGGCGAAGCUCGGAUUUCCAUCUACAACUACACACCCGCUCUCGCCCUCGGGUUGAUUGGAGCGAUCUUGUUCGGAUUGGCCGCGAUAGGGCACUUUUACUUUUGGUGGAUCGGAGGCAAGAAGCGAGUAGCUAGGGAUGGGCGGGGGAGACCGACGAGAUGGUUCGAAGCUCUCUGGACGCUCGGCUGUGUGAUGGAAGUGGUAGGAUAUGGAUUUAGGACGUAUUCACACAAGAAUCCAUUCUAUGUCAACGCGUUUAUCAUCCAGUACUUCUUCUUGGUAGUGGCGCCUGUCUUCUUCGCUGCUGCCGUGUACCUGGCUCUGAAAUAUGCUAUCAAUCUGAACGAAGAAAACCUGCGGAUCUCGCCGGUCAAACAGACGUUCGUCAAGGUCUUCAUCACGAUAGACGCCUUGACCACGAUCUUACAGAUCGUCGGGGCUGCGCUGAUCGGAGUGGCCGAGUCCAGGCGGGCGAAUCAGAAGGCCAGUCCGAUCACAUCCGACCAGGCCAAUGAUAUUCUGCUAGCAGGGCUAGCCGCUCAGAACGCCUCCUUCCUUGUCUUCCUCGUUAUCCUGGGGGUAAUCAUCUUCCGCAUAAGAAAAGCCCCUGAACAACAUCGUACUGCUUCGAUCGAGAAACGACACGAAUCAGACGUUUCAAGUCCUAGGGCUGUUGAGGCUGGUCUGGCCCACAACUACGGCGUAGCGACCUACACCAAGACUUUCCUCUGGGUUUUGGUGGUUUCGAGCUUAUUGAUCUUCGCUCGGACACUAUACCGUCUGGCAGAGACGGCCGAAGGCGUUUGGGGAAACGCAUCCUCAAUCGAAGCGUUGUUUGGCGUAUUCGAGUUUGCGCCUGUGGUGGUGGCCGCUUGGCUCUGGAUCGUCAGGCCGUUGAGAAGGGAGAUGGUCAGGAUGUCAUAGGGGUAUUACGCUGCCAAGCUUGAAAGCUUGAGAAACUGUAUCUUUCAACCAGUGACUGCGCUUCUAUAAUAGUGGAAGGAAUCGCCUGCGGAUCGAGACCUUCUGGGUCGAAUCGCUCGCCGGAAUUCUGGUCUUGGUAUUCGAGUUCAUUGCCCCAGUAGAGUUCAAUUGGUCGCAGAGGCAAAAUAGAUGAGAAUGCGUCUC